AUGGAAAACAAUAUACAAGACCACGAUCAGGAUAUUUUAGAAUCACCAUUUACUCAGGAGUUAAUUAUAAAAUCCGAUGAACAAUAUGAUUCUUCUCAGGGCGUAUUUGAGAGUCAGAUCUCCAACAAGAUCCCCGAAAAAGGCUCAUUGUUGAAUUCUUACCCCGUGGUUAAAUCCGAAGAUCAAGUUGACUGCAAGCCAUACUUACUAUCCCUGCUUGGAAAUGAUACUACUGGGUGUCACUCAUUUAAAUGCGAAGAUCAAGUUGACCCCAAAUUACUUCUAUUAUCGAAGCUUGGAGAUGCCUCAUCUGAUUUGUCACUAAAAAAAUCAUUUCCGGCAAAACUUCCCAACAAUUCAUCACAGGCUGGAAGUAUAAUAGAACGCAAAAACAAAGCCGAGAAAUUAAGUGAUUUCUCGAAGACUUGUAAAGCUGACGAAUAUUGCAUUUCACGAGUCGAUUUUGGAGAAAGCUACCAGAACAACGCAAGUCUAGAUAUCAAAAUCGAUGUAAAUGAGACAAAAAUAGAUCAGCCACUGACUGAGACCUCAAAUUUACCUCACACCCAGCAGCACAGAAGAGCCUUCAAAGCAGAUCAACGUAUUCCACGCCGAUAUGUAGUGAUUCCAGAAGAUCAGAGAGUUCUGCUCGAUAGUCCAGACGCUUGGUACGAUCCUGAUGCAGUUCACAAAACCCAACAUGCAAAAAUUCCAGAGCAGGUUUGCAAUUCUCUAGCCUCGGAUUUAUCACAGGAACAGAAAUUCCCCAUUGAAUCUACGGACUCUAGUUUAUGUCAGUGGAUAGAUCAAGAAAGAAGACAGUCUAAACCCAGCCAAAGCAUCAAUUGUGACAAAAUUGAGGGACUAUUGAAGAGAUCACAACGCAUUCCACGUCGCUAUUUUCUAAUACCUAGCGACCAGAAAGCUUUACUGCAGAGUUCAGAUGCUUGGCGCAAGAAUUCCGCCAAGCGUCUUUGA